CAUAAACAUGUGAUUUGUGCAAUAUUACUGUAAAUUGCAAUUAUAACCUUUCCACAUAAAAUAUCCGCAAUAUCCGAAAUUGUUUUAUAUUAACAAUAUUAGAAGAUAUCAUUUCAUUUCUCUUAGUGAUUUAUUAUUUGUAGCUAAUGUUCAUUUGGAACGGGAACAAAUAAGUAAACAGCAAAAACAAACUAUAAGAAAACCCAAAAUGAGGAACGAGCAAGAAGAUACACCACCUUCGUCUAUAAAUGGUGAUGAAAUUGGCAGUAUGGAUGAUGAGGGUAUAUAUUAUGAAGAAAUGGAAGAAAUAAAUCUGGAUGAUGAAGAUAUGGAUGGGAUAGAUUACCAAGAAGACAUGGAAAUGGAAAAACCGGAAGACCAUGCUAUUAUGGUAUUCGAUAAACACAAUGGUUCCAUAUUUUGUUGUGAUCUACAUCCUAGUGGCAAGAUUGCCAUCACUGGGGGUGAGGAUGAUAAAGCUUAUGUGUGGUCUGUAGAAACUGGUCAAGUUGUAAUGGAUUGUACUGGUCACAAGGAUUCUGUUAUUUUUGUCGGAUUUAGCUUUGAUGGGGCCUUUGUAGCCAGUGUUGAUAUGUGUGGACUAAUAAAAGUUUGGAAAUGUAAUUUAGAAGGCAAUCAACAAGAGCCCUGGCCAGUUGUAUUUGAAUAUGAGGCAGAUGAUCUCAGUUGGGGACUAUGGCACUUUGGAGCUCGAGUACUUAUAUGUGGUGCUGUUACUGGAGACAUAUUUAUUUUUAAAAUACCAUCGGGAGAUACUAAAGUCUUGCAAGGUCAUAAUAUUAAGACCGAAUGUGGUAAGAUGUUUCAUGAUGGUGUUCGAUUGGCGGCUGGAUAUGAAGAUGGAACUGUUAAAAUUUGGGAUCUGAAAACAUGCCAAAUGUUACAACAAGUGCCUGCAGCGAUACAUCAAAUACGUGUCACUGCCAUAGAUACCCAUCCAGAAAAUAGUCUUGUCGCAUCAAUAGGAACUGAUGGCAAAAUCGUCCUGACAACAUCAAAUAAUGGUAAAGUUGUUGCACAAUUGCAAACGGAAAUCGAUUUAGAAGUCGUUGCCUUUUCACCAGAUCCACAGCUGGACUUCCUCGCUUUAGGUACGUUAAAUGGCUCCGUAACCGUAUGGGACACGGCGCGGCAAAUGAUUCGUCACCAUUGUGCUAAGUCUAGCGACGAUGUGGCCGCCGGCGUGACGAAAAUGAUAUGGGUAGACGACCAGUUAGUUACUGGCUGCCUCGACGGUUCCGUGCGUGUCUAUGACGCAAGAUCUGGCAGCCGGAGCCUCACGCUGACGGGACACUGGUCUGAAAUACUUGACUUAAGCUACAAUCCCAAGGAAAAACUCAUAUUGACCACUUCAGAUGACGGCACUGCUAGAAUAUUCAAGUAUGCAGUAAAAUUGGAAACCGAUUAACAUUCAACAACAUUUUACAUCUGUAAUUUAUUUGUAAUAAAUAUAUUUGAGUAUUUUAUUCAAGACAA